AUGUCCAGAGAGUUUAAAGCAGUCAAGUGUCCCAGUGAAGAGCUGUCUAUCACAAAUGCUGUCAUUGUUAAUGAAAAUGAUUUCAAGGAUUGCAGCCAUGUGUAUGUUAGUACAACACCCCGAAGUGAGUUCCUGUUUACCAUACUGGCACAUUCCAGCAUGCCUCCAGGAAACAUGGGUUUCAAUGCCUCACAUAGGAAGUGGGCAAGCAUCAUGCUCAACUCUCCGAUACAGGUGAGGCCCGUGAAGCUCAACACAAAGACCCAAUGUAUCGGCACCAUCGUUAUGGAAGUGGAUUUCUUUGCCAAGAAAGGCCAACAAGCCCUGACCAUAGAUAGUGAUAAGAUGGCUGCAGAAUUCUCCAUGUCCUUUGGAGGCAGAGCUUUUACUGUAGAUGAGCCUCUAGUGUUCAGAUAUGACAAGAAACUGUUUGCUGCCAGGAUCAAGGAGGUUGAAGUUAUUGACUACACACAUGUUGACUCUAAAGGAAAGCUAGCUGGAAAACCACAAGUGGCCAACUUUGGUUUACUAACACCCAACUCUGUAAUAGUGUUUGAGAAGUUGGAGGGAUCCCUGAUUGCAUUCACUGGCAAGGCUAAAGGAAAAUCAACUUACCAGUCCAUUAUAAACCCAGACUGGGACUUCACCAAGUUGGGCAUCGGGGGUUUGGAUGAGGAAUUCAGUGGAAUUUUCCGGCGAGCUUUUGCUUCCAGAGUUUUUCCACCAGAGGUUAUUGAGCAGUUAGGUAUGAAACAUGUGAGGGGAAUUUUGCUGUAUGGUCCCCCUGGUACAGGCAAAACUUUGAUGGCCAGGCAAAUUGGUAAGAUGUUGAAUGCCAGAGAGCCACAGAUUGUCAAUGGCCCACAGAUCUUAGAUAAAUAUGUCGGAGAGUCCGAAGCCAACAUCCGGAAAUUGUUUGCAGCUGCUGAAGAGGAAGAGAAACGAUGUGGGUCUGCUAGUGGACUUCAUAUUAUCAUCUUUGAUGAGAUCGAUGCCAUCUGUAAAGCCAGAGGGUCAGUGGCAGGAAACACUGCAGUUCAUGACACCGUGGUCAACCAGCUGUUGACCAAACUGGACGGUGUGGAGCAGCUGAACAACAUUCUUGUCAUAGGAAUGACCAACAGGAAGGACAUGAUUGACGAAGCCUUGAUCAGACCAGGCAGACUGGAGGUCCAGAUGGAGAUUGGUCUUCCCAAUGAACAUGGCCGUGUUCAGAUCCUCAACAUUCACACAGAAACUAUGCGAUCUCAUGACAAACUGGCACCAGAUGUGGACAUUCAGGAGCUGGCCUCACUGACCAAAAACUUCAGCGGUGCUGAGAUUGAAGGUCUGGUCAGGGCUGCCCAGUCUACAGCCAUGAAUCGGCUGAUUAAGGCAACCAAUAAAGUGGAGGUGGACACUGAGGCCAUUGAGAAGCUGAAAAUCACCAGAGCUGACUUCCUGCAUGGCCUGCAGCAUGAUAUCAAACCUGCCUUUGGUAGCAGCAAGGAGGAACUCGAUGUGUUCUUGUGUCAGGGCAUUCUCACCUGGGGUGAACCGGUCAGUCGUGUGUUGACCGACAGUGCCCUGGUCAUUUCUCAGAUCAAGAACAGCGACCAGACUUCCCUUAUUACCAUGCUGUUGGAAGGUCCUCCAGGGGCAGGUAAAACUGCGCUAGCUGCCAAGAUUGCCAAAGGUUCGGAUCUGCCCUUCAUGAAACUGUGUACACCGGAGAAUAUGAUUGGAUACACAGAAGCAGCCAAGUGUCAAGUCAUUAAGAAGAUCUUUGAUGAUGCCUACAAGUCUCCUCUCAGUUGCAUUGUUAUGGAUGACAUUGAAAGGCUGCUGGAUUAUGUGCCGGUGGGACCCCGCUUCUCCAACCUGGUCUUGCAGGCUAUGCUGGUCCUGCUUAAGAAGAACCCACCCCAGGGUCACAAGCUGCUGAUCAUAGGGACCACAUCUCGGAAAGACGUGCUGAGAGAUUUUGAGAUGUUGCCACUGUUCAAAACUGUGGCCCAUGUCAGCGCGAUCUCCACUUGUGAUCAGUUGCUCACAGUACUGGAUUCCUCAGAGGUGUUCACAGAUAAAGAGCUGCAAGAAGUUCACAGAAAGCUGGAUGGAAGAUGGUUGUUCAUUGGAAUCAAGACUCUGCUUGCUUUGAUUGAUAUGGCAAAACAGAUGGAGUCGGGACUCCGAGCUGACAAGUUAAUGAACCUUUUAGAAGAUUUGAAUGCCAUUGGCUACAACCAAGUACCAUGA